CUCUGAUGGGCGGAGUCAGAGCGGCGAGCGGCCAAACUUCCACAGAAAAAACAACUGCAGACGGAGCUCAGUAUUUACCAUCACUACUUUCACUGUUUGGUUGUUUCGGGUUUUUGCACAGUCGGCAUGAACUUUACGUCAGUAAUUCUGAGUGUCUUGUUCAACUUUAAUGGAAGUGCAGGGCGGGAAUGUAGUGUAUAAAUCCAUGAUGAUCCCGAACCAGUGCGGAUUAACGCAGCCGCUCCACUACAAAGAGCAGCAACGUUAACCGUCUGCAGAGGAUCUAAUGCCAUGCAGAGGUUUGUCUCGGAGGUCUGUUUACGGAGGGUUCAUUACUUUGCUGGAGCUGGGAUGGACCGAGAGAAGAUUUCUCCAACCCUCGACCUGAAGGAUUGUGUUUACCGUUCGUGAUUAAAUCCAACAGCUCUUCGCUUUAGAACUCGCCGCGUUUCUUAACUUUUCCUGACAUGAUGAGCCUCUGGUGUUGCACGCAACGCGCAGCUCUCCUAACUUGCAUUGUAGUCCACUUUAUUAGUCACAGCGUCAGAGGUCUUAACGUUUGCAUGAGUGGAAGUGCCACAUCGUGUGAAGAAUGUCUUCUCAUCCACCCGAGUUGUGCCUGGUGCGCUCAGGAGGACUUUGGAAGGGCAAGGACUCUCACCUCACGGUGUGAUUUGAGCCAGAAUUUGCUGAAAAGGGGCUGCGAGGCUCGUUUCAUAGAAAAUCCAAGGAGUGUCAGUUCUAUCCUCAAAAACAAAGCCCUGAGCUCCAAAGGCUCUGGGUCAACCCAGUAUGAUGUCAUCCAGAUACAACCACAGAAGAUCUCUCUCAGCCUAAGGCCUGGUGAUCAGACCUCUUUUGAGGUGCAGGUGCGGCCAGUUGAAGACUAUCCUGUUGAUCUGUACUAUCUGAUGGAUCUCUCACUGUCCAUGAAGGACGACCUGGACACUAUUCGGAACUUGGGCACAAAACUGGCUGAAGAGAUGAAGAAGCUCACCAGCAACUUCCGCCUUGGCUUUGGCACAUUCGUGGAUAAGAACAUGUCGCCCUUCUCCUACACAGCUCCCAAAUAUCAGGAAAAUCCCUGCAAUGGAUACAAGCCGUUCCCAAAUUGUGUCCCCUCUUUUGGGUUCCGUAACCUCUUGUCUCUGACUGACAAGGUUGACCGUUUCAAUGAGGAGGUGCAGAAGCAGAUGGUGUCACGCAACAGGGAUGCACCUGAGGGCGGAUUUGAUGCUAUUCUACAGGCUGCUGUUUGCAAGGAGAAAAUUGGCUGGAGGAAGGAGGCGUAUCACCUGCUGGUCUUCGCUACAGAUGAUGUGCCCCACCUGGCUUUGGAUGGCAAACUUGCUGGACUCGUUCAGCCUCAUGAUGGCCAGUGCCACCUGAAUGACAAGAAUGAAUACAGCGCUUCAACCAAGAUGGACUACCCUUCACUGGCCCUCUUGGGAGAGAAGCUGGCUGAAAACAACAUUUUCCUGAUCUUUGCAGUGACCAAAAGACACUAUGUUCUUUACAAGAACUUCACUGCAUUGAUCCCAGGAACUACAGUGGAGAUUUUGGAUCAAAGCUCCAAAAAUAUAAUCCAGCUGAUUGUCACUGCCUAUAAUAACAUUCGGUCCAAAGUAGAGUUGAGUGUGUGGGAUCAUCCUGAGGACCUGAAUCUUGCCUUCACUGCCACCUGUCAAGAUGGUCAGUCCCUUUCAGGCCUCCGCAAGUGUGCCGACCUGAAGAUUGGAGACACGGUCUCUUUUGACAUAAGUGUGGACGCUCGUAGCUGUCCUCCUUCAGGUACACAGAAGAGCUUCACCAUCAAGCCAGUCGGCUUCAAGGACCGCUUAGAGGUGUCUGUGGACUACCGCUGCGACUGUGGCUGCACACGCUACACUCAGACCAACAGCAGCCGCUGUAGCUCCAGCGGCACCUACACAUGUGGGACGUGUCGCUGCGAGUCAGGUUAUCGUGGAGCACACUGCGAGUGUGAGGAGGGAGAUGCAGGCAGCCUAAACCUCAGCGCCUGCCGCGAGGCUGAAGGCAAGCAGGUGUGCAGUGGGCGCGGGGAGUGCAGCUGUAACCAGUGCUGGUGUUAUGAGUCGGAAUUUGGCAAGAUCUACGGUACCUUCUGUGAAUGUGAUGACUUCUCCUGCGCCCGCCACAAGGGUAUUCUGUGUUCAGGUCAUGGUGAUUGUCACUGUGGGGAGUGUAAAUGUCAUGCUGGCUACAUUGGAGACAACUGCAACUGCUCCACAGAGACAGCCCCGUGUGUGUCUGAGGAUGGCCGGAUGUGCAGUGGACGCGGCAGCUGUGUGUGUGGCCGCUGCCAGUGCACUGAGCCUGGGGCAUUUGGGGACACUUGUCAGAAGUGCCCCACUUGCCCCGAUGCCUGUGCUACAAAGAGGGAGUGCAUUGAGUGCCGCCUCUUCAACACUGGGAAAUUUGCAGAUAACCAAACCUGCCAGCGCAUGUGCAAGGAUGAGAUCAUAACCACGGAAACACUCAACACCGAUGACCCAAGCACUGUGCUGUGCCUGUAUAAGACAGAAAAUGACUGCGUGAUGAAGUUUACCUACUCUGAGCAUGCCAGCGGCCAGUCUGUCCUCACUGCUCUGCAGGAGCCAGAGUGUGCUUCUGCCCCUGAUGCUCUGACGGUGCUGUUGGCAGUGGUGGGCAGUAUCCUGCUGGUGGGCAUUGUGCUGUUGGCCAUCUGGAAGCUGGUAAUCACCAUCCACGAUCGGCGCGAAUUUGCUCGCUUCCAGAGCGCACGUUCACGUGCACGAUAUGAGAUGGCCUCCAACCCCCUCUACAAGCAGCCCAUCUCCACUCACCCAGUGGAGACAGUUUUCCAAAUGUACAGCAAGUCAUACAAUGGAGGAGUCCACUGAUCCCUUACCUGCUGCUCGUGGUUGGGGACACGGCAGGACCGGUCCAGUAGGCAUUGUUUACAGUUUAAUGGUGGAGAACAGGCAUGACCUUUUGGUGAAAGACUUUAACAAACUGUGUUGUUGCCCUUACAGACUGUUCUGGUUGUGUUUUCUGGGUGGUCCUUUUUUGUGGACUAAUGACUGAAUUCCAGUUGUCCAACGUACUGGACUGCUUAUGCUCAUUUACUCUUCUUCUUGAUAAGGAGGACUUGCAGAAUGAGCUCAGAUAGUUUCUUUAAAAAUGCCCAUGUGACAAAUGAAGAGUUUUGCUGCAAGAGUAAAUGGACUUCCCCCUAUCAUGGACUGGUUGAGUGGAUUUGCCAAUUUAACUUUUCUACAUUUCUAACCACAAACCCUCCAUAUUACGAGAGAUGCAGUGUGCAUUGCAUUGUACAGACAAAUGAGGCAUUGAUUAUGUGUACUUGCAUUAUUUGUAACAGGAGUGCCUUUCAGAUUCCUCUGCAUCAUAAACUGAAGGAAAUAAUUUUACCACCUGUACAGCAUUCAGUCUCUUGAAGUGUAUAAAGUUAUACGAGAACAUUACGAGAACAUAUUUUGGUGAUAUGUUUGGUACUAACAGAGCAAUAACUUUCUUACCUUUUUGUUUUGCACAAUGUAUAUUAGAUUCAAGUUUAUAAAAGUGGAGAAAUAAGAAUAACAUUCACUAGUUUGUGUGCUUUAACCUGCCUUGCAUUUGCACAUUUUCUCAUUUGUAGGUCUCCAAGUGUUCAGUGCAAAUUCAAUAACACUGUGUUGAUCAUCGAGAGAGUGUCAUAUUUCAUUUGUGAAGGACUGAAUCAGGGCCACUUUGGGGUGGUACGACAAGUCCAUCUCACGCACCCAUCCCAGUGGAGAAGGAAUAUGCAAAGAACAGAUUCACGGCUGUAAACCUUCCACUGUGGAAUUUGGACAAAACAGUGUAGCAUACAUGUAGUUCAUAUUCAGUUAAAAACCAGGCACUUGAUUAAUCAGCUGUUAAAUUGCAGAAGAAUAAAGAGGUGGCUGUUUUGGGCUUUUUUUUCUGCAAUGCAGUGAAAGCACAUCCACCUCUUCCUCUUCCUUAAACUCAGGCUGUUUCAAGUCUGCUUUUGCAUUCCUGAAGAAAAACAUGAUUUAGUAAAUCCUGAAGCCAGGCCUAUGAAGCUUAAGACUGCAGUGACUAGGCUCUUUGAAGAGGGUGUGGAUGUCGAGAGUUAAUGAGUGUUUGGUCCCUUUUGUGUGUGUGGCCGCCUGAAAUAAAUAAUGGGAAAUGAAUCAGGGUGUGUAACAGCCGGAUAUGAAGUCAUGUAACGCCAUUAAUGGUGUGUUUGAGUGUCUAUGGGCUGUGUUGGUAUGUUUAAAGGACUGAACCUUGAGAAACGUUAAUAAUAUGAAAAGUACUGUUUUCACCUACUUUUAAAUGUAGUGUUAAAUUGACUUUUUGACAUGUACAUCAUCAAUAUUCAUCUGCCAGGCUCAAUCCAGCUGCAUUGUUUUAAAACUACUUCUAAUUAUAGUAGCUAGGCCUCUCUCUAUCUUUUCCCAAAAUUUUUAAUCUAAAAUUGCGAUUAACAAUUUGUCCUUUCUUGUUCGUUGUUUGCAACUAUUAAAGUACAACCCUAAAGUGGCCAGAUUGGUUGGCUGGCAAAUCUAGCCUCAUAUCCGUUCUCAUAUCUGGCCUAGUAGCUCCUAACUGAUGACAGGAACAGCUCAAGCACAAAUAAACAAACACUAACCACUGUUGCCCUCUAAAGGCGUUAUAGCACCAAGUCAAAUGUUAAAACUUUUAUUGUUUUUGUAAGAACCAUGAUGUGUCUUAAUGAAUGUUUAAUAUUAUGUUUGUAGCUAUAUAAAACAUACAAUUGUGAAAGCUAA